AUGACGAGCACCUCAACAUCUGUCAUCUUGCCAACGUUCAACUCAUUGAGUGCAUUCACCUCACCCCCCCACCAGUCACAUAUGGACAAACUCUUGGACAAAGGUCUUGAAGGUAAUGUCCUAUGGGAAGAAAUCGAUCUCCCUGCCACUACUCCUUCUCUCAUGGAUCACAUUGUCCUGAAAUCGAGUCUUGACAUAUCAACUAUCGAGAAAAUCACCUACACCACUGGAGCGCCUAUUCUCGUCGGUCAGAAGUGGAAAUUUAAUACAUUACGGGGGGUGAAGAAAGCAAAGAAGCUGAAGCAGGUGCAGGAUGACACUGGAAUGGAGGUGUUUAGGACAGCGGACGAGGAUUCUUCAUCCACACCUGACACCAGUUUUGAGAGCUGGGGCUCCCAAGAAUUCUACCCAACAAGUCCGGCGAGAAAACUGCCUCCGCAGGUGCACACACGAGAACCAAAAUGGGCGCUUCUUUUCAACACCAUCUAUACAGCCAUGCACAUCUCAUAUCUAACUUGCCCUCAACGUUCAUCUAUCUUCCCUUUCGAGCCCAAAUAUCUCGAACACCUGCCUCGACAGUGGUCACCGGAGUUCUGCCUUGCUCCUAUUUUGGACGCGACCAACAUCCAAAGGCUUGGCUUAGUCCUUCAUCGCGAUGUUCAACCGAAAAGCUGGGUACACGUCCUCACAUGUGUUGAGAUCACUGAAUCUGAUCUUGGCACAAACCAUGACAUACCGUUGUUUAAGGGGCUGAUCACCAAAGGUUAUCUCAUGAUGCGAGAACAGCCCUGGCAUCGGUUUGUCGUCUUAUUCAGCCUAGCAGCAAAACAUCUUCGUGCCCAUUACAUGGACCGCUCAGGCCUGAUCAUUACAUGUCCCAUCCUAAUCACAGCAAACCCAACGCAUCUGGUCGACAUGUUAAACACCAUGUCACUGGGGAACAGUAAAGCCCAUGGCAUGGAUCCCACCAUGCACAUGUGCAACAAGUCCUGCAAGCAAACACAAUGCGAAGUGGGGGACCAGGCGAUCGGCUGGAUAGAGGACAAGGAGAAGCAGAAAUUAUUGAUCAUCGCUAUUUUGUGGAGAAGCCAGGGUCUUUUCUCUCACGGGACUAUUUGCUAUCACGUUUGGGAUAAGGAUGGAGUUGAAUAUGCACUAAAGGAUUGUUGGGUGGAUGAGGCAAAGAAAGAUCAUGAAGAAAAGGUUCUUGAGAUGGUCCGGGGCAUUCCUAAUGUAGUUACUCUCGUUGCCACUUGGGAUGUUGAGUACGAGGGAGAGCCCGACUCUACAUUGCGCAUCCAUAACCGCCACAGGAAAUUCAGUCCUGAAUUUCGCUGUAAAUAUCACCAACGCAUGCUUUUGACCCCUUGUGGAGAGCCACUGUCGACAUUUUCGACUAAACGAGAGCUAAUAAGCGCUUUUCGAGACCUCAUAGUCACACACAAGGCAAUGAUCAGGAAGAAAGUCCUACACGGAGACCUUAGCCCCAACAACCUAAUUAUUCAUGAAGGAUGUGGCUUCUUCAUCAAUUUUGACCACACCCAGAUCAUCACGCAAGGCAGCACUAGUGUUCGUUCACCUGGUACCGGCACCGUGCCAUACAUGUCUAUCCGCCUUCUCUAUGCAAUAACUGCAAUUGCGAGAGCCAAGGGUUGGGGAAAUGUGAUGGUCAAACAUACUGCUAGUGAUGAUCUCAAGUCCCUAUUCUACAUUUUCAUCGAAUUCGUUACCUCGUUCGAUGGGCCAAAGGGCAGUAGAACAGACCCGAGGAAGGCGGACCGGUGGGGUGAAGUCCUUGAGGGCAUGGGUGCCACCACCACUCCAUAUAAAUCGGGGUUGGUGCUCGUGCCGCAGUGCGACAAGGAGCUGAUGAAUCGCAUGACAACUUACUUUGGUGGAGUCAGGGAUCUAGUUCAGGCAUGGCACUACAAAUUUCUUGAUGCUGAUGCCGAUCAGACACGUGGUGGUGUUACUCAUGAGGAGAUCGAGGGGCUCCUCAACACAUGGGUAUCUCAUGCAGCAGUUGAUGAGCCCCAUCCUCCAGAGGAAUCCUACUGUUAUGCGAAUUUGACGAGUGUUAGAGUACAACUUGUUGAGACCCAGCUGGAGAUACGUCAUAGGUGUGACAGAGCCAAAAAUCACGUCUACUUGUCACCGAGCCAAGUCUGCCGUAGCGGAGUUUCAGAUCUGCCGAACCAUUCACCAUUAGCAUUUGUGCUCGUCUUGACUCGGAACGGCGCAUGGGGCAUGCUCAGGGCAGGGGUGCCCAUACCCCAACUCCAAGAAAAAUGA